ACAGAUUACAUUGUUUUGUUUAGUUUUUAAUGCAGAAAGAUGUAUGAGUAGAAUGUAUUACGUAUAUGUAUACAUUGAUGUUCUGAAAAGGAGAAGUUUGAAUUCAUAUGGUGUUUAUUGAUUUUGAGAAGGCGUACGAUAGGGUGCCAAGGAAGGUCAUAUGGAGGUGCCUUGAGAUGAGAGGAGUUCCCAUCGCGUACACUCGCGCGAUCAAGGAUAUGUACGAUGGGGCUAGGACUAGGGUAAGGACCUCUGGGGGCGACUCUGAGUCAUUCUCGGUAGGGAUGGGGUUGCACCAGGGGUCGGCCCUUAGCCCUUUUUUGUUCGCCUUGGUGAUGGACAUCCUAACUAAAGGUGUUCAAGAAGGGGUCUCAUGCGGCCGGGAAACAGAAUCAGAAGUGGAAGUUAGGAUUGACUCUCACGUAGUACCUAAGGUAGACAAGUUCCGAUAUCUUGGCUCGGUAAUCCAGGCGGAUGGGGAGUUAGACGGGGAUGUUGGACGUCGUGUUGGAGUGGCUUGGGCCAAAUGGCGGUUGGCCUCAAGGGUGUUGUGUGACCCGAAGAUUUCUCCCAGGAUGAAAGGUAAGUUCUACCGAUCCGUAGUCAGACCUGCUAUGUUAUACGGGGCAGAAUGUUGGGCGGUUAAGAAGACUCAUGUGCGUCGUUUGCAUGCGGCGGAGAUGCGGAUGUUAAGAUGGAUGUGUGGGAAGACAAGGUUGGAUAGGAUUUCGAACGAAGUUAUCCGACGUCAGGUAGGCAUGGCGCCGGUGGAGGAUAAGUUGCGGGAAGCGAGGUUGAGAUGGUUUGGGCAUGUGAGACGGCGGGAUGUUGAUGCUCCUGUGCGGAGGUGCGAGAGGAUCACGGUUAUCGGGGGAAGGAUGGCAUUGCCGGAUGAGGACUCCUUUCCCAGCCCCUUGCCCAGUUUCUGCCUUGAGAGUAUAAUGAAAAGAGCACAAGAGAUGGAAGAAGAGAGACAACUGGGUGUUGCUGGUGCUGCGACAGCACGUUUGAUUGAUGUCAUCAACAAUGACAUGAAGAGAGCUCUAACCAAAACGACGGAAAGCCUGGAACCUCCUAACAAGAAAAAAAAACAAGAAGACGAAGAAGAAGAGGGACUUCACAGUGGGGAACGUGUACCUGUCGCGAGUAUUCGUGGUAAGCACCUCGUCAUCUGCGCUUUAUUGCUGCCUCUGCCGUAUUUCACCGAUGCUCAAGUUUGUCGCGCCAUGAUACAUUCUUACCCCAAGUUGUGCAAGCUACUUGAUUUUGAGAUGGUCAUGGUUGCCAGAAUGAAAGACCGAGCCGACUUUUCAAGCAGAGUGGAUGAAGAGGCUGCCUUCAAUCGUUUCUUCUCUGCCUUCCGACUCCAGUUCCCGUGGUGACUUCAUUUGCAGUUCUCUCGAUUUGACCCACCCAUUGAGCUAUAUUGACGUUCUUAUUGUGGAUGAUAAAGAGGUGGUGGUGAGGCAAAGCAGCAUGGCUGACCCGUUUUUCCUCUGGUAUGGAUCUCGUUACUUUCCCUUCACCCAGUCCAGGGAUGAAGCCCUUUCAGUUGAACUGGAGGAAAUGAAGAUCAGGAUGGACCCUAUUCACAUGGAAUUUUCCACCCCUAAGGAUCAAAUUGACCAAGUGUAGUGCUAACAGCAACAAGAAGGUUCUCCAGAAUUGUAGCAGUAGCAAGAAGCAGGUUCUUCGGUCUUGCAGCCAUACUA